AUGACUCAGUUGACGUGGCUUGUUACUGGCUGCUCAUCAGGGCUUGGCGAGGAGUUCAUCCGCGGCAUCCUCUCGCGAGGGGACAAGGCCAUUGCGACGUCGAGGGGCCCAAUAUCUAGGAUCCAGAAGUUGAAAGAAGCCGGCGCCAGUACAUAUAGUCUUGAUGUCUCUGCUCCCAAACUCGAGGUCGAUUCCAUCAUGUCUUUGAUCAUCCAGGAAAAUGGUGGCAUUGAUGUCUUGGUCAACAACGCGGGCUAUGUGGAGAAUGGUACCCUUGAAGAAUCCAGUCGUGAGACGAUUCUCGCUCAAUACGAGACCAACCUGUUUGGGUCGAUCAAAGCUACCCAAGCUCUCCUUCCGCAUUUUCGCCAGAAAAGGUCUGGCACGGUAGUCUUCAUUGGUUCUAUGUACGGCUGGGGUGGUUUACCAAGCGGACUACCUUACGCCAGCUCCAAAUUUGCUCUCGAAGGAGUUCAUGAGUCUCUCAAAGAAAGCGUUGCCCAUCUUGGCAUCAAGUCCAUCAUCUUCGAACUAGGUUUCUUUCGGACGCAGGUGCUUCAUCCGAACAACUUCAAAUCUCGGAUAAGCGAGAUCGGCGACUACGACGCGUUAAGGGCCGGGACCGCAGAGUUUUUGCAGGCACUGCAGGGUAACGAGCCUGGCGAUCCGAAGAAGGGGAUCAAGGUGAUGAUUGACGUCGUCAAAGGAGAGGGAGUUGCGGCGGGUAAGGCAAUGCCAGAAAGGCUGCCGCUCGGGGUCGAUGCGCUCGACUUGGUGCGGAAGAAGUGUGAGGACACAUUGGCCAUCUGCAAGGAGUGGGAGCAUAUCAUCAAUAGCACGAAUUUUGACUAGAUCAAAAUUGCUGUGCUAAAUCUAGGUUUGUCCUUUGUCCCUCAUCUUAUUAGGUCUCGUUUCACUAUCAAAACCUUUACGGAUAAACUAGAAGCUUUUCUG